UAUCAACAAAUAAAAAAUCUUCAGGUAUCGCCUUAUUCUCUCCCAAACCCUUCUCUUCCGACGGAACAGCGAAACCCUAAUUUCCUAUUUUCUCAGUCUUCUCUUUCGACUGCUUCACUGUUUCUUCUCGAUUUCUCUUCGAACAUGGCUGCUCCUCUGGAUAUGAGCCUCGACGAUAUCAUAAAGAACAACAAAAAAUCCAGAUCCGGAAAUUCCAGAGGUGGUCGCGGCCGACCUUCCGGACCCGGUCCCGUCCGCCGAUUUCCCAAUCGUGCCGCUAAUCGCACGCCUUAUGCCGCACCCAAGGCACCGGAAACGGCUUGGCAGCAUGAUAUGUUUAUCGAUCAGACUUCUGGAUUCGCUGUGCAAGCGGGGCGAGCCUCUGCCAUUCAGACUGGGACUAAGCUUUACAUAUCUAAUUUGGAUUACGGCGUUUCCAAUGAAGAUAUCAAGGAACUUUUUUCAGAAGUUGGUGAUAUGAAACACUACUCAAUCCAUUAUGAUAAGAGUGGAAGAUCCAAGGGAACGGCAGAAGUAGUUUUCUCACGACGAGUAGAUGCUGUUGCGGCUGUCAAGAAGUACAACAACGUGCAGCUUGAUGGAAAACCAAUGAAGAUAGAGAUUGUUGGAACUAAUAUUGCGACCCCUGCUGCUGUUCCUACUGCCGCUGUAGCCCCCUUCGAAAAUUUAAACGGGUUUCCUAGAAGGCAGCAAGGUAGGGGUGGUCUGCCAUCACGUCAACGUGGCGGAGGCGGAGGAGGUCGUGGUUUUGGAAGAGGGCGUGGGAGAGGAAGAGGUCCCAGUGAAAAAGUUUCUGCCGAAGAUCUUGAUGCGGACUUAGAGAAGUAUCAUGCCGAAUCUAUGCAAAUAAAUUAGUGGAUGCUUAUAUGCUUUGAUGCAGCCACCCCCCAUCUGUUUGCUGUAUCGCUACCAUUGUCUUACCUUCGCAGAAAUGGGCUAUAGUGUUCCUUAGAAUUGGUUUGAAUUUCUUUACAACUUUUUGGGCUUUUGUUGUUUAGCUUUCAUAUGACUUCAGCAUGGUAAUGUAAUUGACGAACAGAAGUCAGUGUGUACUCUGCUUUCAUUCACUAAGUCCUUUCUGUUUCAUUUAAUGAGUUGGGAAUCGAAGUGGAUCUAUUACCCUUUUGCCUCCCGAUCACAUCUGCAAGGAUGACAUUGGUUGGAAUAAAAUGCCACCCACCGCUGCAAAUUAUACAACAAAUGAGUUGCUGUUCCCAAUUGAGGGAACUUCGACUCGAUUAAAAACGAAUAUUUAACCAUGAAGUGUUGAACAUUUCAAGGGUUGGCUAACGUGCUAAAAGACAAAUAGUCUUGAUAGCUAUGGGAUCCGACUUGGUCGAAUUAUUUUAAGAAACUACCAAGCUGAAUUUGUUGCCUUUUGGUCUUACGGAAUCCUCAUCUCUGCCUGCGUUUUAUGGUAAAAAUGCCUGGUUACAGGUGAUAUUCUUGUUUUAAAAGUAAUUGUUGAUCAAACAUGUGCAACGUGGUGGUAUUCUACUGCUGUUCUUGUGGAAAAAUCCGCAGAGCAAUUUGCCGCAAACAUGGGGGCGGCGGGCAUAUUUAUGAGGUACCAUACCAUCACUGGUGAGGACUGGACUGGUCAAGUUUUUCGAUAUCUGCUCGAGUUCUGCUAGCACAUGAUGGAUUGCAUCAUGCGGUCUUGGCUGAUCAACGAGCGGGAAAAACUUGGCCUCGCAGGAAUUUAUUUAAAUACGCAUUUUCUGCAUGUGUUUGAAUAUGUUUUAAACCUGCCUGUGGAUUGUGUUCCCAUGUGUUAGUUAUAGAUGAUGAAGGUAUGUAUAGUGGUGUAAUGUUAUUGGAUUCUAGAACACAUUCAGCGAUGCCGUAAGUGGCUGUCUGUGUGUUUGAUUUUAUCUUUUCCUUUUUCUUUUUUGCUCUUCGAUUAAGCAGCAAGAAUUGCGAAUUGCCCUUAUCUUUAGCUUGUUCUAUGCGUUUGGUAUUAAUGUAUCUAGGUUGAUCGCGCUGUCCCAA